AUGGAAGACAGCCCUAUGUCGGGCCUCCCAGGCCCAAUUCCACCGGAUAGGGGCCCUGAAUCCAGCCCGAAUGAAGUUCUAACCGCUAAAUUACAGGCGCAAGACCUGCAAUUAAAAGCGUUAACUACGCAAUUGGAUCAACUUCAGCACACAAUUCAACAGUUAACAUCUCUGUUGACGCUGAAAAAUGGUGAACCCACUAGUUUUAGUGGUAUUGCGGGUAUUAAUACCCCCAAUAGCGGUAAUCUGGAGGCCAACCCACAGAUUUUUAGCGCUAAUACCGCUACCGCACCACCUAAUCCACCCGGUAACCUAAUUCUAGGUGACGGGAUAGAAUCCAUUGCAUGGCAUUCCAGCCCUGUAACGGCCUAUAAGACCCUGGAAGAUAGCUAUUCCGUUGCACCCGAAAUUAGCAGAGACUCGCUAUAUCGGGAAUUUCACGCCCUAAAUUUUUCGAAAUUUAGAGGGUCAAUACCAGAAUUUAACAGCCGUUUUAAUUCCCUGGUAGCUAGAUUAGCGAAUGCCAACGUGCAAAUUAGCCCUAUCGAUGUACGAAAUCAAUACCUACGGGCCCUGGAGGGGACGUUCCCUACCUGGACCGAACGCCAACGCAGUACCCAACGGGCCCUGCAGGCUAUAGGCCAAAAUUCGGAUCGAUUAAAUUUGCAAUACCUUAUGGCGGACCUUAUAUCCGAAAAUUCGAUUUCAGGCUCUACAACUGCCAAAGCCACUAAUUACAGGGCUGAAGGUCGAAAAUCAGGGAAAAAAGGCGCUAAAAAGGACGCUAAAAAGGAAAAUAAUGGGCAGGACGGCACCUCCAAAUCACGAAAAAAGGGCAAAUCAACCCCUAAUUCGGAUUCGGCUAUUGCAAAAGAUAAUAAAUCCUCCAAUUCCAGCGAAUCGAACGCUGGAACUUCCAUGAUUUCAAUGGAUUUCGAGUUAUUUACGGGCUCGAUUCCAGGUGACGUUAGCGUUUGCGCAGCGUAUAACGCCCUGGAACAGGCAGGCGAUUCGGGCGGUAAUUUACCGUACCGGGCACUGCAACAGGAGGUUAAUUCCGCUAUUAGCGGGGUUAUAGAAUUAUGUUCGGAAUCGGAUUCGGAACCCGAUUAUACCGGUAAAACGCUAAAACCACAGGUAUUAGCAACUAAUUCUAAGGCUAAGACGAAGCCUGGAAGCGGCGUAAAUAGGGACCCUAAGCCCCGACGGCUAGGCUACCCGGUCCUGGGAUAUAGGGGUAAACCCUAG